AGUACCAAUUUUAAUCGAACUACGUCGUCCCAACAUCGGUUAUCAUCUGGAAGAAAAUCCUGAAACAAAACUAUCAAAUUAAGAAAAAAUUUAAUUACGUAAGUAAAAUCUGAUAAAAAUUUGAAACUGGCGGGUAGUAAAAACAUUUUCCACCAGUUCGCGCUAGUUGCGUUUACCGACUGUACUCCUCGAUAAAGUAGAUGUCGCUUUGAUAGAUUCGUGACGAAUAAAUCUUACGAAAGAAAGAGAGAGAAAGAAAUAAAGAAAAAAAAACAAUUAUCUUUCUCUCUUUUUUUGCGUAGACGCAGUUCGUGUGUAGAAAUCGGGCACGAAUGUUCGUCCUAUGUGUGUUCGGAGAGGUUCGUGAGGAUUCGGUUGGCAUCCAGUCGACGGUGGGUGGGCGGGUAAGAAAAUAAAUAGGCGAUAGGUUGGAGAGGGGUUAACCCGAAUGUAGUCUCUUCGGUUGGUAAGGUGGGGAUAGAUAGAGGGUGAAAGAGAGAGAGAAGACGUUAAAAUCGUCAGAGAAUGGUGGAGAAACAGGGAUGGAAGAGAGAGAUAGAGGAUGAUAGAGGAGGAGUGGGGAUGAAGUUUGUGUGGUGAACGGCGCGACUGCAGAAACGUGUCGCGCAAGAGCCAGUGACAGACAAGAUGGCGGUAGAGCUUAUGUGUGAGCGAGCGAGAUAGAUAUAGAAAAGAAGAAAACGAAGAGAGGGAGAAAGAGAGAGAGAUAGAGAGAGAAAGAAAAAGAAUAAGAGAGAAUCAAGACGUGAGUGCAGCUCAGCACGACGACACGUCGCAAAGCAGCGCGCGCGUUCUGCUUACAGUGUUAAAGGAACACGUUUUUAUCGAAUAUUGGUUAUUAAAGGUCCAAGGAAAGUAAUCAUUGGUUAGUUUGUCGUAACUUUUGAUCAUAAUCGUCCAUUGUCGUUAUUAAAAAUUGAAGGUUUGGCAUACUGGUGCAUGUUCCGUUUAGGAUCGUCCCGAUCAUGGAGCACUUGCCGGCGUCGACCGCGAGACGUCGCGGUCAUCAACAUCACCCGCGUCACUCGACACGGAGACGUCUCGAGGCAUCCGGCAGAGGACCCGCGCAGUGUGGCCCUGCCGGUAUAACAAUAACAAACAAUAAUACUAAUAACAAAAACAACAACAACAAUAACAAUACCCUACUCGAGGAUCAUACAGGGUUACCCGAGACGACAACCUCUUUGGGCUCCCAUUGGUUGCGAGAUUCUUUGUCAAAAAGAAUCGAAGCUGAUAACGAUGAUGUCAAAUCGAACAAAUCUACGAAAACUGUUAAUAAAGAUACUACCACGGCAACUACAACUAUUUCGGAGAUUGCGAUUAUUGGAACAAAUGAAGAAAAAGUUGAGAAUAAUGAGAAUUUGGACAUCCGAUCAAGGCUCGCGCAGUGUAGCCCGGACGUCCAGUUUGAAGUUCGAGAGGACAAAGAAAAUAACGUAGAUAUCAAUAAGGAUGCGAACAUUGAUAAAGAUAAUGGUCAUAAUAAGGAGAAAGAUAAAAAAAAGAAAGUCGAUAAUCGUCGUAGAACGAAGGAUUUAAAGGACAUUGAUCUGACGCGCAAACUUAGGUUCGUUAAUGCACCACGUGUUUGGGACAUCGAACGAACCAAGGAUGUAAUCAAGGACGAUAGAAAAGAAAGUAAUAAAAUAUUUAAUGACUUGCUGUUGGACGAAGUAGAAGAAAUAAACGAUGAAAUCGAAUACGAUGACAACGAAAUGAAAGAGAAAUUUUUCCGUGACAGACUCGAGCCUGAGCACGCGGUCGCGAGGGCUCGAGGUGAUGGAAAUUCUGACGACGAAUCAACGAAUGUUGAAGAAGACCCUGAAAUAGCCGAGUUAGCUAAACUCAGGUGUCCUAGCGAAAGGGCCGAAGUACAAGCUGAAAGAGAAGCAAGAAGAAGAAAAAGAUGUGCUGAUUAUCCUGGACUCGCAUUUGGCUCUUCCAUAUUCUCCAGCGACACCAUGAUGAAAUUCAGUCUAAUCAGGAACGAAUUACAGAAUAUCAUGGGCAAUCAACUGAAGCGGGCCGAAUCAGAAGUUGCUGCCCUCAAUCGUCGUAUUCAACUUUUGGAAGAAGACCUCGAAAGAUCCGAGGAACGUCUUGCUACUGCCACUGCCAAAUUGGCAGAGGCAUCUCAAGCAGCAGAUGAAAGCGAACGGAUACGCAAGGCACUCGAAAACCGAACCAACAUGGAGGAUGACCGAGUAUCCUUGUUGGAACAACAGCUAGCACAGGCUAAAUUGAUUGCCGAAGAGGCGGAUAAGAAAUACGAGGAGGUCGCGAGGAAACUAGUCAUGAUGGAGCAAGACCUUGAAAGGGCCGAGGAAAAAGCAGAGUUGUCGGAAGCCAAAAUCGUCGAGCUUGAGGAAGAAUUGCGCGUGGUUGGUAAUAACCUGAAAUCCCUCGAGGUUUCGGAAGAAAAGGCGACGCAGAGAGAGGAGACGUUCGAGGGACAAGUGAAGAUCUUGGAUAGUCAGUUGAAAGAGGCUGAGGCUCGUGCCGAGUUCGCAGAGAGAUCCGUGCAGAAACUCCAGAAGGAGGUCGACAGGCUCGAAGACGUCCUGGUAAACGAGCGCUGUAAGUACAAAGCCAUCGCCGACGAAAUGGAUCAGACGUUUGCCGACCUCGCCGGAUAUUAACGAAUUGCUGCUUUAACGCUUUACGAGCUGGUCUAUAUUGAAAGUAAAGAAAAUUGAAAAAUGGGGUUAACACACUGACGGGAAAAGGCGGGGGAACAACGAUCAAUAAAAUUGUUAUUCACGCUAUGAUUAAAAGAAAUAUGUGACCACUGCCAGAGCACGUUGAUAAGUUCGCUGACACGUUCAAAUUCAUUUCAACUUUGACACAUGCAUAAUUAUAUGUAUAUAUUUAACCCUUAUGUGAUAUAUCAAUUUU